GGCAAGGACCAGAUUUGAGAAAAUUCAGGCUGCAAAAUCAUAGUACACAAGCAACAGAUUUUAUGAUCAGACUGGUACUUUAAACUGUUUUCAUAGUUUGGAAGUUACCUAAAUCUAAAAUGCCAGAAAAAUAAUGUAUACAAAAGAAAAAUAGUGUGUUACCAUGAACUACAAUCAGAGCAGUCAAAUAUUUAAGUCAGAAAAGAAAAGCUGUACGGCUAUAGUCUUCCUUUAACUAUUGAGAAAACUCGUCAUAAGCUUUCUCCAUGUAAUCGAAAACAUCUGUCAUGUGGUCCCUGAAAUUAUAAAAGCCAGUCAGUGUGCCUCACAGCACAGAGUAAAGUUGCUCUCAGUCCACAAAGCUGGCUCAGAAGGGAAAGUAAAUAACCCACUAUACAACUGAGAAGAGAAGCGCAGGAUUCUACAAGAAAGAAUUACCUUAAGAAGCUGAAUGAUGGAACUAGACCAUGACUUUUCGCUAACAUGGAAUCCAAAAUCUGAAUCUUUGAGUGAAAACAAUUAUACUGCAGAUGACUAUUAUGACUGUCAGUAUGAGGAUUACUCUGGCCUCAAAAAGAUCAUGAACAUUGUAUCCAUCACAGUCUACUCCAUUGCAUUUGUCUUUGGUGUACUGGGAAAUGGCCUUGUCAUCUGGGUCACAGGCUUCAGGAUGAAAAAGACUGUGAACACAGUUUGGUUCCUGAACUUGGCUGUAGCAGAUUUUUUUUUUACUAUCUUCUUACCAUUUACCAUUAUAUAUGCUGCUUUUGACUUUCAUUGGCCUUUUGGAAACAUACUUUGCAAGAUUAUCAGCACAGUUUUAUUUCUUAAUAUGUUUGCAAGCAUCUUUCUCCUUACUGUUAUAAGCUUUGAUCGAUGUCUAACAGUUAUUCACCCAGUCUGGUCUCAAAAUCACAGAACAGUGCAAUUAGCCUCAGUUGUGGCUAUAUUUGCUUGGACUGUAUCAAUUAUUCUCAGUGCACCAUAUUUUGCAUUUCGAGAUACAGGUUCAAUUGGGGAUAACACUACAGUCUGCUAUAAUAACUUUGCAUUAUCUGAUAAUUUUGACAAUGAAGAAAUCAUGCAGCUUCAUCAAAGCAGGCACCAGGCUAUAAUUAUAACAAGAUUUCUAUGUGGGUUUCUAAUUCCCUUUACCAUUAUCAUCACCUGUUACACCAUUAUUGCCUCAAAGUUACGGAAGAACCAGCUAACAAUGUCCAGCAAGCCAUUUAAGGUCAUCAUAGCUGUGAUAGUGACCUUCUUUAUUUGCUGGUUACCCUACCAUGUGAUCUCAUUCCUAGAAUUGGUUAGCACUAACUCAUCAGAAUGUAAUGAGGAAUUAGAGAGAGCGGCUAUAAUUUUAGUACCCUUGAUAACAAGCCUUCCAUUUCUCAACAGCUGCAUGAAUCCAAUCCUGUAUGUAUUUAUGGGUAGAGAUUUCAGACAGUCAUUUAGGAAGUCAAUUCUUUUUGUAUUUGAAAGUGCAUUCAGUGAAGACUCAGCAAUGUCAACUAUUAAUAGCAAACACAAGUCCAAGUCUACUUCAACUGUAUAUUAAUGUGUUCUGAAUUUCCUUUUAUAUGUACAUAUUUUUUAUGCACAAUUAUGAAACCAGUAUUUGGUCAUUAUUGCAUUUUUUUAUUAGAAUAAUGAAAAACUAGCAUUUUGUGUCUACAUUUCUUUUUUACACAAGACUGCUUAUGAUUGCUUUUUAAACAUCUUAAACUAAUUUAAAUGCUACAUUGUAUUACAGGCAUUUUCAUUGUAUUUUCAGGCUGGAGUUGUUUUUUGCUUGUGUUGCUAUGCCAGAAAACUCAAAGAGACACUUUAUCGAGCCUUGUGGAUCAGUAUAAUGAAUUACUAAUUUAGCAGAUAUGCUCACUAAAAGAGCUUUGUACAUUUAUGGUAAAUUGUAGUGAAUU